AUGGCUGGAAACUUUUGGCAGAGCUCUCACCAUCAACAGUGGAUUCUGGACAAGCAGGAUCUGAUUCGGGAGCGUCAACACGAUCUGAAAACGCUGACUGAAGAGGAAUAUCAGAAACUGUUCAUGUUCUUCGCCAACAUCAUACAGGUGUUGGGGGAGCAAUUGAAGCUUCGACAGCAAGUCAUCGCCACAGCUACGGUGUAUUUCAAACGCUUUUACGCUCGUAACUCGUUGAAGUGCAUUGAUCCGCUGCUGCUGGCACCCACCUGUAUUCUGCUCUCCUCGAAGGUGGAAGAAUUCGGUGUGAUAUCCAACUCACGACUCAUCACCACGUGCCAGACGGUGAUCAAGAACAAGUUCAGCUAUGCCUACCAGCAGGAGUUCCCCUACCGUACGAACCAUAUACUGGAGUGUGAAUUUUACCUGUUGGAAAAUUUGGACUGCUGUCUGAUCGUAUACCAACCGUACCGCCCGCUGCUGCAGUUGAUGCAAGACAUCGGUCAAGAGGAACAGUUGCUUACGCUUACCUGGCGACUCAUCAAUGAUUCGCUACGGACCGAUGUGAGCCUUCUGUAUCCACCGUACCAGAUAGCCAUCGGUUGUUUGCAAAUAGCGUGCGUGAUUCUGCAGAAGGAACUGAAAUCGUGGUUUGCCGAGCUCAACGUCGAUAUGGAUAAGGUGCAGGAAAUUGCACGCGCUAUUGUGAAUCUGUUCGAGCUGUGGAAGGGUUACGACGAGAAAAAGGAAAUACAGGCGCUACUGGAAAAAAUGCCGAAACCUAAACCACACCCCCAGCGGUGAUUCGUUGGCUUGCGGAACGAUCAUCGGAUGGCUUUCAUUGCGUUGAUGCAAAUAUUUGCCACGAAACUAGUGAAUCUAACUUUGGCACAUCUCACGCCCACAUUCGCCCAAGC